AUGAAAAUAUUUGCAUCGUGGCUGGUGUGGCUGGCGGCCGUGACUCCCUUCGCUCGGGCACUGCCCUUGCAAGAGCGCGACGUCAAUCUGUUUGAAGAACGGUUCAUCAAUACACUGGACUACUCGCUCGGCAACGACAGCGUCAAGUUGAUUGGCUUCAAAACCGUGCGCAUUCCAUCCCACGAGCUCAAUGAUCUGAACGAUCACUACGACAGCAACCCUCAGGAAUGGGGGAAGCUGUCCAACUACUUCUAUGAUCGUGCCUCGGGCACGUUUAGAGUCUACUUUCCGGUCGAAGGGGCGCUGGUGGCACACGACGGCCAACAUCACGAAGCCAACUCUCUGGGAGAGCUGAACCUGCAGCAAGUGAACGGGGACCUCGCCGUGCUGGGUCGGAAGCAGACCGACCAGGUGACGGGAGUCGAGGGUAACAUCAUCCGCGACGGCAUCAUUUUCCUCGACAACGCCCCACGGCCUCUGUCCCAGUACGGACGGGUGUUUGUCUACGAUUUCGGGGAGAAGGUCAUCCUGGACCACGGCCACGGCCACCAGAAGCGUGGAGACAAGAAAUCGUGCAUGAAAAACCACGGCGGACCCAACUGCAGCAACAAAUUCAAGAUCCACAGCAAGAAAUGCAAGAAACGGAACGAUAUCUGCAUGGACUACAACGGAAGCUUCUCCACCUGCAAGAAAAACGGACCGACCUGGCGCAACUUUCCGGGCAGCGACUGCGCCAAGGCAUUGGCUCGCGGGCACUGCUGGAAUGAAGUGAUGUAA